AGUGAGGGCAGCUCUGGUCUCUGAGCUGGUGCUUCAUUAACUGAUUUUUACUGCUCUGAAGGCUCCAGGUGCCUUCAGUAUGUGGGAGCCAGUAAAGGAGAGACUUGCUCAAUUUCUAGCUGCGUGAUGAAACAUUCGUGGGACACAUUUCCUUGGUCCUACCAGUCUGUCCAGUUUUUUUUUCUUAUCUCCUAAAGAAAACAGAGAGCAGCAGGUUGUCCUCAGUCAAGCUCUUGGAUCUGUGCAUUGACAGUGGAAGCGAUAGAUCACACUUGAGGGAUUGGACACUUUUUGAUUGCGUCCGACGUCCGCGGGUGAGAUUCUUGCAGAGAACUUCAUCAGCCCACCGGAUUUGGGGGUUUUUUUAUGGAGGAAUGAGCAAUUUUUGGUAUUUCGUCCUCCCGGCGGUGGGAGGAUACACCCUCACCUCGUUGUACCUGUUGAAGAACCCACACGUUCUCCACAGGAGGAAACGAACAGCGUUUUACUGCACACACAUCUCGCAUAGAGGAGGAUGUGGGGAGAGGAUAGAGAGCACCAUGGAGGCGUUCACACAUGCGGUGGAGCAGGGCACACAGAUGCUGGAGCUGGACUGUCACUUGACGCAUGACGGACAUGUGGUGGUGUCACAUGAUGAAAAUCUGCAAAGGCAGACAGGACGCGAUGUCACCAUCUCCUCACUCGAUCUGCAGGAUUUGCCUUUGUAUAAGGAAAGACUGGAGGUGACAUUUUAUACAGGUCACUACAGCAGUGGGGCGGACAGGAAGUUUUCUCUGCUUGAGGACGUGUUUAAGAAGUUCCCUGAGACGCCAGUCAGCAUCGAGAUCAAAGAGAACAACCGCGCGCUGAUAGAAAAGGUGUCUGACCUGGUGAGACACCACCACAGGGAGGAGAUCACUGUUUGGGCCUCAGUGAACUCCACCAUCAUGAAGGAAUGUCAACGAAUGAACGCCUCAAUGCCGUACAGCUUCACUGUGAGUCGAGGUGUGCUGCUGCUGCUCCUCUUCUACAGCGGCCUGCUGCCCUUCGUGCCGCUGGGCGAGAGUUUACUGCAGUUCUACUUGCCACGCAUCUUCAACAGGACGUUCAUUCCUGAGAAGCGCAUCCUGAGGAACAGGAUGGUUGUCUCGCUGUUACAAAAAGUUACUAUGAGGAAGAGUCUUUUUAAACACCUCGCAGCCCGUGGAAUUCAGGUGCAUUUGUUUGUGUGCAAUGAAGACGAGGACAUAAAGGCGGCACUUGAAGUUGGAGCUACAGGGGUGAUGAGUGACUAUCCGACUGUUCUGUCACAAUUCCUCUGCAGACACGGAAGUCAGGACUGACCUCGAAGACACAUCCAGUCGUGAUAACUUUGAUGAAUGAGGGGGAAAAAAAGAAAAGAAAACACAAGCACAAGAAGUGCGAGACCCAUUUCCUCAGUCAUGACAAGGGUUAGUCAAAGAGCUGUUUGAACAAAACCCUCAUUCGACUCUAUGAUUUUGAAAUGUAAUCACUGUUGAUAGAGUAACUUGUUUGUGGUGUGAUCUGCAAUCAGUUCAUAUCUGUGUCCUCCAACCACAGCCCUGCGUUUAAAGAGACAGACAUUGUUUUUUUUGCAACAAAUCUACCAGUGCUGGAGUGAAUAUUUAACCAGCUGCACUGUGUCGCCCAACAUCCCAGUUCCCAUGAGAAGCGAGUAAAAGCGACUUUGUUUUGACAGUGUCUGGUGUUAUUUUCUGACAUUAUUUCAUUGGAUUGGAUUGAGUAAGUGCUGGGCUUCAGAAAUUAAUGAUCUGGGACAAUCUGCCUGGAGUUAUGCCGUUAUAUUCUUUAUUUUUGUGGUAUUCAGUCGAAAGGAACUCAAACGUGGAGUCACGUCAGAAACUAUAGUAAAGAAAGAGGAUUACUGAUACAACAAAUACAUCCAUGUACAAUGGGUGAGUGCAUAGUUAGUGUAGAGCCAAGGCUGUGUGUUAUGUAUCUGGGGUUCUAAACAGUCUCACAUCUGCUAUAUAUAUGCACAAACAAGCGGAGGGUUUACAUGUGCAGUAAACCACACCUGUGCCCUUGUUUUCCCAGGCCACGGUCAAAUUCCAUUGAUAAUCAACUAGCCUAUUAGUGAAACAAAGGCUGUAUUUUUCUGACCUAUUUGGCUGCGACUUGCAGUGUGACGAGCGAGUUAAUGGGAUAUAUUGUAAGUGGAUCAGUGCAGACUAAGGUUUUUGAUGCAAUGAGCUAAGGUUUGAAAUAAGUGACCCAGCAGAGAAAAUAAGGCCUUUAUGAUCAUACAGUCAAGGAUAUAUAGCUACUGCUUAGGACACGGGGCACAUCAUCAGUAAUAUUUCAAGGUAUCUUGGGGUUUAGUCGACAUUAUUGUGGUUUUGAGCAGGGGUAGUUCGGACCACUGUGUGUUUCUAAGAAUCCAGUUCUACACACACACACCCCGAGUCAGACAUGCAAAUAAAUCAAGAAAUCAUAACAACCAAGCUCCCUCCCCAUCCUUCCUGUUGAAGGAUAUAACGCAUUUCCUGAAUCUUGUCUCUGAAUCAUGUACACACACUCUUUUCACAAGCAAUAUGAGGAAGUAUUCAGAGCCUACAAGUGAACAAGUGAAAGUAGUGAUGAUACCAUGCUGUAAAAAAAAAAAAAAUCUUAAAAUGUUAGUCAGAGUAUGUACAUAUACUUAGGAAAUGUACUUACUUACAUGGUUGUGUACUUACUGAAUGUUGUAUUUAUAUAAUUAUAUAAUAAGUGAGUUGGUAGACUUUGCUGUGAUUAAUAAUUUUUUACAACUAUAGGACAUAAUGAUUAUUUUAACCAUGGAUUGAUUAUCCUCCAUGCAUUGCCAAUAAGUUUUUUUUUCUUCUAAACCCCAAGGGACACAGUGACAAUGUUUCUUUUUUUCUUUCUUUUGUCCAGCCCAUAGUCCACACCUGAUAAACCUGAAUUAUCAAUUAAAGUUGCCAAUUCAUUUUCAA